UUUCUUUCUUUCUUUUUUUUUUGGCAAGCCCGCAGCACCGUCUGGGAGGGUUUCCUGGACAGAGGUCCCCGUGGCUGCUGCCUUAAGACGUGCGGGCCCGGCGGUGGCCGCCACUCCUUUCCGGACCCAGGCCAAAGCUAGGCAGCAGCUGCAGCCCUCAGCCGGUGCAACAGCAUGGAGCUUUGGGGGGCCUACCUGCUCCUCUGCCUCUUCUCGCUCCUGACCCAGGUCACCGCUGAGCAGCCAACCCCCAAGGUCAAGAAGGCUGCAAAUGUCAAGAAAGAUGCUGUGACUCCGAAGAUGUUUGAGGAGCUCAAAAACCAGCUGGACAACCUGGCCCAGGAGGUGGCGCUGUUGAAGGAGCAGCAGGCCCUGCAGACAGUCUGUCUGAAGGGUACCAAGGUGCACAAGAAAUGCUUUCUGGCCUUCCCCCAGGCCAAGACCUUCCACGAGGCGAGCGAGGACUGCAUCUCGCGCGGGGGCACGCUGGGCACCCCGCAGACGGGCUCCGAGAACGACGCCCUGUACGAGUACCUGCGCCAGAGCGUGGGCGCCGAGGCCGAGAUCUGGCUGGGCCUCAACGACAUGGCGUCCGAGGGUGUCUGGGUGGACAUGACCGGCGGCCACAUCGCCUACAAGAACUGGGAGACGGAGAUCACCGCGCAGCCCGACGGCGGCAAGGCCGAGAACUGCGCCGCCCUGGCCGGCGCGGCCAACGGCAAGUGGUUCGACAAGCGCUGCCGCGACAAGCUGCCCUACAUCUGCCAGUUCGCCAUCGUGUAGCCGCCCCGCCGGCGGGGGAGGGGGAGGGGGCGGGGGCGGGGGUGCUUGGGGGCGCGCAGCCCCGAUCCCCGCUCGGCCCGCACCGCGCUCGCGCUCGCGCAAAUAAAGCUGGUGCCGCUGGGCCGCGA